AUGUCUCAGCAAGUAGGUAGUAACAUUAGAAGAAAGCUGGUUAUCGUUGGUGAUGGUGCUUGUGGUAAGACAUGUUUGUUGAUUGUCUUUUCCAAGGGUCAGUUCCCAGAAGUUUACGUUCCAACCGUUUUUGAAAACUAUGUCGCAGAUGUCGAAGUCGAUGGUCGUCGUGUCGAAUUGGCACUAUGGGAUACUGCUGGUCAAGAAGAUUACGAUAGGUUGAGACCUCUUUCUUAUCCAGAUUCAAAUGUCGUGUUGAUUUGUUUCUCCAUUGAUCUACCAGAUUCUUUAGAAAAUGUGCAAGAAAAAUGGAUCGCUGAAGUUCUACAUUUUUGUCAAGGCGUUCCAAUCAUCCUAGUCGGUUGUAAAGUCGAUCUAAGAAACGACCCACAAGCCAUCGAAUAUCUAAGAGAAGCAGGUCAACAACCAGUCUCUACUGCAGAAGGCCAAGCUGUCGCCGAUCAAAUAGGUGCCACUGGCUAUUUUGAAUGCUCUGCUAAAACCGGUUACGGUGUAAGAGAAGUAUUCGAGGCUGCUACCAGAGCUUCUUUAAUGGGGAAAUCAAAGAACAAUGGUAAACAAAAGAAGAAGACUUCAGAAAAGAAGAAGAGAAAGUGUGUUGUCUUGUAA